GAAUUUUUACCUCACCUUUUUUUUGGGGGAUUUUGCUUAUCAUGAUCCUCAAUAAUCGAACACAGUUAAAUAUCACUGUUAAUCUGCAGCGUGAGGGGAUCCUGGGGAUAGUGACAACGUCCACUUUGACAACACUGCAGUGCACCGUGUUUCUUUUCAUUAACAUUACGAUGUUAUACACUUUGAGAAGCAAGGAGGUGUUUCGAGAGACCUCUCGGUAUAUUCUUUUGUUUAACCUUCUAUUUGCAGAUACCGUCCAGCUGGCACACAGUCAGUCAAUGUUUUUACUGUCCUCUUUCAGACUGACAUUACUGUAUCCUGUAUGCGCUGCUUUAACAGUGUUCAACAGUCUAACACUCUCUGUCUCUAUUGCCACACUGGUGAUUAUGUGUUUAGAAAGAUACAUUGCUAUUUGCUAUCCUCUCAGACAUAGUGCCAUCAUCACCAUCAGGAACACAGGAGUGGCUAUUUGUGUUAUUUGGAUUACAGGUUUAUUGCAUACCAUAAUACAGUUAAGUUUAGUGUUGAGGUUUUCAUAUCGAGAUCUGCAGCUCACACAGAUGAUGGAUUUCUGUGGAAAGGAGAGCGUUUUUCUUGAUCCAGCAUCUGAUCUUUUUGAAAAAGCUUUAACUUAUUUUUUCUUUGUGUUGGGAGGUGUAACAGUUGUUUUCACCUAUACUGGUAUCAUGGUAGCAGCUCACUCAGCUUCCACUGACAAAGCAUCAGCCAGUAAGGCUCGAAGGACCCUUCUGCUGCAUCUGCUGCAAAUGGGCCUCACAGUGUCCUCAGUGAUAUACAACUCAUUGAUUAUAGCUAUUUCAAAGCAUCUAGGGAGACUUGAAGCCGUGCGUAUCCAGGUUUUUCUUUAUAUUUGUAUCAUUGUUCUCCCCAAAUGUCUGAGUUCACUAAUCUAUGGCCUCAGAGACCAGAAGAUCAGACCUGUUCUAAUGCUGAACCUUUGCUGUCAGUGGAAAGGGUCAGUCUACAUGCUGACAUGUAAAAACGUCAGAGUUUUUGUGACUUGAUGGCUUUUCAUUUUAUUUUAACUGUUGUGUAUGUUCAGUGUUCAAAGAAAAAACUACACUAUGACAGUGUGCUUGGUUGACAACCGGAAGAGAAGCAGGAAUCUAGAUUCACGUUAUUAGCCUUUAAUGGUAAAUGUACCAAAUAUGUUCUUUAAAUAGUUCUUUAAUAAUAUUUCCAUGUCUGGUAAGUAGGGCUAUAGUAGGAACACACAUCGUACUGCUUUAAAAGUUGGACUUGCAUUUACAUUUCAUGUAAACAUAUAAAGAUCAACUUUAAAUAGUUUCUUUAUAUAAAGUUUUCCUCCUGUAACACUUUGAGCUUUUAAAAUGUAAACUGCACUAUAAAUGCAAAGAGUGUAUGUGUGUAUUUGUUUUUAUAUUUUCAAAUACCAGUGGAUAGUUGCAGCAGUUAAACAUCUGAGCUGUAUUUUCAAUUAAUGAAUAAAUAUGUACAUUUCUGUGUUGCGGCUGAACACGUUUAUAUAUCUAUAAACAACUUUUCA